CAACCACCUCCUUUCACCUCAUGAACCCUAGGCACGAUCUACUAGCCCUCCUGAGGAUGGUAAAGAUUUGCUGACGCUCUCCACGGCAACAUACUCACCUUUUCUUCCUCAAUUGUGAUUGUACGCACUACUAUAUAGCCGCGGCCCAACCUCCCGACGCGCUAUUAAUCGCGAACCUUCGUCCCAAGCAGAUCGACAGCCCUUGAACGACGACCUCGAAAUCGUCACCAUGAAUCGAGGAAGCUCUUCAGACUCGGAGGAUAGUAUACUCUCGCACAUCACAGUCGUGGCACGCGACAGCCCACCUCCUCCACCUGCCGGCCAGUUCACUACUUCCAGGAGUAGCGUCGGCGCGUCUUCACUGCAAUCAACACCUCCUACCAGCUUGGACGGUCUGAGCGGAGAGGUAGACGCGUCAAAGAGAGGUAAUGGGCGCCGACUCUCGCGUUCCAGGUCAUCACUUUCUACGCUCGCGUCGGAGACCAGCGACAAUGCAUCGUCCUCCAAACACAAGCUUACCCGUAGCAAGGAGGAUCUGAACAGCAAGGCCAGCAGUCGCGCUGUGUCUGGUGCUACGUUGGUAGAAGGAAACAUGAACGGGGCCCAGAUCAGACUGCGCAAGGCGCUGGACAUAGACAUGAAAUGGGAUAUGGCAGACGAGCCUGGAGAAGAGAACGUUGGUGAUGGCAGCGUUCGGAGACGCGCGUCAAGACGGCUUCAUAGCACUACAGGCACCAACGAGAGACUCGGAACUCCGGGUACAACAAAGAGUUCCCUAGGGAAGAGAGUGCGUGACGUUGCGGGGGCGGUUAAGGACAAGGCUUCGUCAAUAGCCGCAAGGGCGACGCAAGCGCAAGCGUCGCAUACUCCGUCAAAACGACUCAAACGCGAAACUGGUGGUGGGAUGUUUGCCAUUAUUCGCAAGAGCGCGCCCAAGCAAGAGAAACGGGAAGAGACAGCUGAACCUGAAGAACCGCCCAAGCCAUCACGGCCGCCUCGGAUUACGAAAGUAUACCAAACAAAGGGGCUUUAUGCAGGUCAGACAAGGAGCUUCAAGCUGACGGUAAAGGAAGGCACGAGCAAGAAGAAGCAAUCGCAACUGGAAGCGGAAGCGAUUGUCAAGGAGAACUCAGUUCUGCCAUUGCCGAUGUUUGGCACAUUUAAGCGCUUGACCGUAGAUGACACGCAGUUCUUCGCUCCGUAUAAGCUUCCAGCCGAUGUUUUGAAUCCCCUCAGAAAAGAGCAGAACCCCAAAGAUUGGAAUAAGCUCAGCAAAAACCGCUUCAUUGGAGAUGCAGCAGCGACGUGGAGCACCAAAGCCUGGAAGAAGCUUGAUCAUUCUGUUUGCCUGUGCGAGGACAAGUGUGAUGAGGGCUGCAUCAACAGAGAAAUGUCCUACGAAUGCAAUGCACAGAUUUGUAACCGAGGCGAAGAUUGUGGCAAUCGACCCUUUGCUGAGCUCGCGUUCCGUUAUAAAAAUAAGAACUUCAUGCGUCUUCGAGAGGGGGAGAAGGCCGAGGCUAAUCUCUGGGGUGAAGGAAUCGAGAUCAUUAAGACCGAAGGUAGAGGUUUUGGAGUUCGAGCCAUGAGACCUUUCAAGCCAAACCAGAUCAUCGUUGAGUAUUGCGGAGAGAUUAUCACGCAAGAAGAGGCUGAUCGACGUAUGAACGAGGACUACAAAGACAAACAGGAUUUCUAUCUCAUGGACUUCCACGGUGGCAUGAUCAUUGACGCAACCCGAGGAUCCAUAUGCCGCUUUGUCAACCACUCCUGUGAUCCGAAUUGCCGUGUUGAAAAGUGGAUUGUUAACGGGGAGCCGCGCAUGGCUCUCUUCGCGGGCCGGGAUGGUAUUAUGACUGGCGAAGAGCUGACAUACGAUUACAAUUUUGAGGUUUUUUCCAAGAAUAGCACUCAGAAAUGCCUUUGUGGCUCGUCCAACUGCCGUGGAGUAUUGGGCCCAAAGUCGAAGUCCCAACCAAGCAAAAGCAAGCAGCUUGCCGGAGCUGUCAAGGGCGUGAUCCAUGGUGUGAAACGCAAAGUUGAGAAGAUGAUUCAUGGUGAUAAUGAUUCAGCUUCUCCGAAGAAGCGCGUAAAGAUUGGCCCCAAGGAAGGAAUCAAGAAAAUGAAGAAGCAGAUCCGCGGCUCCGCACCGGCAGUCCCAGCUGUAGACGCAAAUGCUGCGCAAUCUCGCAAGGAAGAGCGCGCCCAACGUGAAGCAAAGCGUGCUGCCGAACGAGCUGCUCGUGAAAAGGCCGACCGAUUGUUAAAAGCGGCUCAGGGCGACUCUAAUAACGAGAAGGGCGGAAAGCACAAGAUCACACGUCGUCGCUCUACGUCUGCGACCAUCUCCGUGUCUGACCUGCCAAAGAAGUCUCGAAAAACCGCCACGCCAAAACGCUUGAGUAUGUCGCCAGCCAAGAGGAUGUCGAGUGUCAAAAGUCGGGUGAACGACAAGCUCAAGUCCGCCGCAUCUCGCUCACCGGCCCCGCGUAACAUAUCUCAAACGCCACUUCUCAAGUCCUCCACCUCUUCAGCUUCUGGGGAUCAAAAGGCCAUGCGCCAGUCUCGCCUCUCCUUCGGUCCGGUCGGUAUGAGCUUCAACGUCUCCCCUACGAAGCUUGGAAAGGGAGGUCUCGACAAUCAGGAAGCUGGACAAGGUGGAGAACGCGUUCUAGCAAUUCCAAAGCGCGGCUCGAGCUUGAAGGCUCGCACUGGGAACGCGCGUUCAGGCACGGCAAAGUCACUUGCAAAAGGGGUGACCAAGGUGACGACAGCUGCAAAGGUUGGCCUAAAGGGCGACGACGCUAUUCGCAAGACCAUUCGCACCGUUUCUGGUGCGGAGUAAGCGCCUCAUCAGGAGUCUGUUGACUUGACGUGUGCGAUUGACCGCAUACCAAACUGUCAAGUUGCACGCAUGUUCGGCUUUUUUUUUUUUUCGCAUGUUGUCCCGCUGUUCAAAGCAUGACUUGGUCACUUUCUCAACUGCAUCGUCUUGAAGGAGCAGCAUGACUGGCUGGAGAUAUAUACGCAUAUAUGUACUUGGGGUGCAGCAUCUUUUUUUUUAGCGAUGGAGUUCACAAUUGUAUUACGGUGCCUAGCUCUGCAUUGCUGUUUUCCCGAAAAGCCAGGCGAUACAUGUCGUUGACGGCUAAGUAUACACAGGUAUUUCACUAUUCUUCAAUGCGCAAUAUCUCAUACGGUUUGGUUACAGGGAUAUGUUAUACAAAAA